AUGCGCCCCAGGCCCAGAAGAAACUUUGUAAGAGAAGCAACAGGACAAGCUGCUAAAUCGGCAAGGACGGUUGUCAUCGCUGGUAUUCCAGAUGGCCUUCUGCACGAUGAUGUCAUGACGGACAUACUGAUGAUUCAUUUCCAAAUGUCGAAGAAUAAUGGGGGAGAUGUGGAAGAAGUAAUGUAUCCAACAAUGAAAAAAGGAGUUGCGUAUGUAACUUUUGAAGAUGAAGAAGUUGUAGAGAGUGUUCUAAAGAAGGAUGAACAUCGACUAGAAGACAAGAGGUUGUCCAGAUACUAUCCGCUGAAAGUAACCCGUUACUGUGAAAACGUCUUCAGCUCUGUCACAUCUGUCCUCAACAUGUCUAUUUUCAAAGAUCAAUUUGUUUUAGAAGAUCUGAUACAAGAACUUAAAAAGAAGAGCGUAGCUUUGAGCUUUGGUCCUUUGCAAUCCAAUGGGCAUAUUUCUGUUCAAGGGUCGUUUCCAGCGAUCACACUGCUAAGAGACUUUCUCUUACUGAAAGCAAAAUCCCUUUCAGAGAAGGACGAAAGAGAAGAUAAGUCCCAUCAGAGACCAAAGAAGAGGCUACAGCAACACAAACUUACCACGGAGACGAGUAAUUUUGUUCGUAAUGCAGAUUGGGAAAAACAAGUGAUUGUUCUUGACACUGAUAUGUAUCACUACAUGAAGUACUUUUUUCCCAGCAUGUUCCUAGUAAAUGGUGAUGUUGUAAUUUCUGAUGUCACUGAUGGUGAUGUAACUACAGUAUAUAUUGAGAAUGCUGGAAGUAGGUCUGAUGCUGGACAGGUAUUAAGAGUCAAAGAGAAAAUUGAAAAUCAGUCUAUAAAACUCCAUAACACUUUACGUAAAGAAAGGAUUUACUUUGAAGAGCGCACCAGAGAUGAAAAGUGGAGAUAUGAACGUGUGUGUAAAAGUCUAAAACCCCACUACCCUUCUGUUUUGAUCACUCAUUAUGAUACUCACAUUGAUGUUAUAGGAAAUCCUUCUGAGGUUUUUGAAUUUACAAAGGAGGUGAGCAAUAAGAUUCAGAGCCUGUUUCGAACCACGUAG